AUGAUUUCUGGUUUAUUUAAAUUAUCAAAUAAACAAAGUGUUUUACAAAAUGCAACCAAAUUAGUUUUACAACGUCGUACAUUCUUUAAUAUUGUACCAAAUCCAAGUGUUGGAUUAACAGAGGAUCAAAAACAAUUUCAAUCAAUGGCAUUAGAUUUUGCACAAGAAAAGAUGAAACCAUUUGCAGAGAAAUGGGAUAAAGAGGAAUAUUUUCCAAGAGAUGUGAUGAGAGAAGCAGCAGAAUUAGGAUUUGGUGGUAUUUAUGUUAGAGAGGAUGUAGGUGGAUCAGGAUUGAGUAGAUUGGAUGCAUCGAUAAUUAUAGAGGCAUUGGCAUCAGCAGAUGUCUCAACAACAGCAUUCAUUAGUAUUCAUAAUAUGUGUGCAGGUUUAAUAGAUAUAUACGGUACAGAAGAACAACGUAAAAAGUUUUUACCAUCAUUAGUUAGUAUGGAAAAGAUUGCAAGCUAUUGUCUAACUGAGCCUGGUAGCGGCUCGGACGCAGGCUCAUUGUCAACCAAAGCAACCAAAGAUGGCGAUCAUUAUAUUUUAAAUGGAAGCAAGGCAUUCAUUAGCGGGGGUGGCGACAGCGAGGUCUAUUUAGUCAUGGUCAGAACGGGCGCGGAGAAGGGACCAAAGGGGAUCUCCUGUCUCUUGGUGGAGAAGGACACCCCAGGCCUUAGCUUCGGCAAAAAGGAGGAGAAACUAGGCUGGAACACCCAACCAACUCGUGCAUUGAUUUUCGAAGAUUGUCGUGUACCAGUUGGCAAUUUAAUUGGCAAAGAGGGUCAAGGCUUUUCCAUUGCUAUGAACGCUUUAAACGGCGGUCGUAUCAACAUUGGUGCUUGUAGUUUGGGUGGGGCCCAAUCUUGUUUGGUGGCCGCUAGAGAUCAUGUUAAAGUUAGAAAACAAUUCAAUCAACCAUUGGAACAUUUCCAAGCCGUUCAAUUUAAAAUGGCAGAUAUGGCCACUAAAUUACAUGCAUCUCGUAUUAUGAUUAGAAAUGCCGCUGCAAUGUUGGAUGCAAAAGAUCCAUCUGCUCAUGUUUACAUUGCAAUGGCAAAAUUAUUUGCUUGUGAUGAAUGUUUCAAAGUUACCGAUGAUUCACUUCAAUUAUUUGGUGGUUAUGGUUAUCUUAAAGAUUAUCCAGUUGAAAGAUAUUUACGUGAUCUUCGUGUUCAUCGUAUUUUGGAAGGUUCUGAUGCUGUUAUGAGAUUAAUCAUUUCAAGAGAAUUAAGUAAAGAUGAUCAUUAA